AGCCUGAAUUAUCACGAAUAAUAUUACACAAUUGGAGAUUAAAUGACCUUAUAUCAUAUUAUUUGGAUAAUCGAAUACUUGUAGAAUGCUUGAAGUUCAUACAACCAAGAAUGAUUGUGAGAAGCUUAACCGCUUAUGACAAUUUCAAAUAUAUAGAGCUAGCUCAUUUUCUGCAAAUCUAUCAUCUGGAAAUAGAUGAUACUAUUACAGAAUAUUAUAAUGCAGCCUAUGAUUCGGAUUUUGUAACUAUUGCAGAAUUGAUUAGUGCUGAGACUUUUGGAUCAACAAAUAUACCACGAUUUUAUAAGAAUUCUUUCAUUCUUGCGAGAUUUAUUCAUGAUAAUAAUAUAUGUGAUGUGUAUUCCAGUCAAGUACAAUUCUACUUUGAGCAUGAAGUAAACCUUCCAGAUG